UCCUUUUGUAUUCAAAGUGUGUGAUCCAUUCCCCACAGGCACACACUCAAAUCCCAUUUUAAUCCCUUGGUUUUAUUAACACUGGAGCCCCGCAUCUGGCACUGAGGGAUGGAGAACCUUACGGAUUGGGGUCCAGUUUAAUUCUCUGAAAAAGAUCCGCCCCUGUGACGCUUCCCACCUCAGCUACCAGAGGCAUGGAGCUACGGGAACAGCUCUCCAGCUGCUUGUUCUGUGCCAUACUCCUAGCAACAAUUCCCUUUUCAGAAACCUCUGAGGAGAAAACUGAAAGCCUUGAGAAGAGCACUGAAAAAAUGGUUGAGGCUCACUUAGUCCUACAAAACAAGAUUCUCAUAGGCACGGUUGUUGUCCUCAUUGUUGUCAUCGUUAUCAUCGUUAUCAUCUUAAGUUGUCGUUGUUCAAGAAAAAGAAGGCGAGAUCCUGAAGAAGGGCGACUCAUCAGUCCAGAAGAAGACAGACUCCAGAGAGAAAACGGGGAACUCCAAGGAGAACUGAGAAGACUCCAGAGAGAAAACGGGGAACUCCAAGGAGAACUGAAAUGGAGAAGGACUCACAAGUACUCAGAUGACAUCACUCUUAAUCCAGACACAACUCACCCCAACCUCUCCAUUUCUGAGGAUAGGAAGAAAUUUACUCAUGAACCCCAACCUCAGAAAGUUCCACCAACUCCAGAGAGGUUCGAUUCGACUGUCUGUGUGUUGAGCUCUGAAGGAUUCUCCUCUGGAGAGCACUACUGGGCAGUGGAUGUUGGAAGCAGCACUGACUGGGACCUGGGAGUGGCCAGAAAAUCCAUAAAGAGAAAAGGAAAACUUUCCCUGUCCCCUAAAGAGGGAUUCUGGGCUCUGGGUCAGAGUGGGAGAGAUUAUUGGGCAAAAACAGAUCCAUGGACCCUGGUCAUGGUACAGAAAAAGCCCCAGAAAAUUGGAGUUUACCUUAGUUACCAAGAGGGGCAGGUGACCUUUUUCAAUGUAAAUGACAUGUCUGUGUUGUUCACAUUUAAUAAUUGUUCAUUCUCAGAAGUGGUUUAUCCAUUCUUUAAAAAUUCCCACAAAGAAACAUUAAUGAGAAUUUGUUCUAUAAGAGAAGAUGAAUGAGCUUAAAGUGGCACUGCCACUCAUUUUUCCCAAUAAAAACAGGAGUACUGGUUUUUGAAUGUCAAGAAUUAUAACAUUCAAAAACCAGUUGGAGAACACAUCAAUCUCCCUGGUCACUCGAUUACAGACCUAAAAGUCACAAUA